AAACGCCUUAAAAGUUGAAUUUCUCUUGGGCUCGAUACUAUUUUUGCUCUUCUCCCAAAAUUAGUCAGACUAGUAAAAUUAGAUGAAAAUUGAACGCGCUCUUAUUAUGUUAUGCCAGACCGGAAACAGAAGACAUGUGUCUAAUGUGUUCAACUUGACCCAUCCGAUGUGUCGUCAAUGGUAGCGCGUCAGUGACGUCAGUGUGCGCUCAGAGAGCAGCCGGCCGCGCUCAUGAAUGGGACGCAAGUUCGUCAUCGGACAAUUCUGUGCAGCUUGAACGCACCAACUGAAGUCUUUGAAGGCAGCAGAGGACAUCUUCAGCAUUGGACAUGGAUUUCGCUUCCAGGCAGGCGGACCCGACCGAGGACGUAGCCUAGCCCAAGAACCAUCUGAGACCGUUGGAGUCUGCCAUGCCGGAAGACGCCGUUCAGGACCCCAUGAAAACCCCAGCGAGCACAGAGAAAUCCGCCGGCGGUGCCGAGCGCCUCGCCGUCGCCACGACGACGGUCAACAUCCCCCUGGUCAACGAGGUCCAGCUGACGGCGGCGACGGGCGGCGCCGAGCUGUCGUGCUACCGCUGCACGGUCCCGUUCGGCGUGGUGGUCCUGAUCGCCGGCGUGGUGGUGACGGCCGUGGCUUACAGCUUCAACUCGCACGGCUCCACCAUCUCCUACUUCGGACUGGUGCUGCUCUCGGCCGGACUGGUGCUGCUGGCGUCCAGCGCCGUCUGCUGGAGAGUCCGACUGGAACGCAAAAAGGAGCGGCGGCGCGAAAGCCAGACGGCGCUGGUGACCAAUCAGAGGAACCUUUUCACGUGAGCGCCCCCUGGCAGGAGAAGGAGGACGAGCAACUGUAAGAACCAGAGAUGGGGGGGGCCUCCGGUCACAUGACUUAUGCCGCCGGAACGCAGCGAAGGCUCGACUCGACUUUGUCUCGCAAUUCGCGAGACUGGACUUGACUUUGACUUGAGCGACAGUCGACACUCUGCAUAUUUUCCAGAAGAAGAGGCAGAGAAGGUCCCCAACUAAGCUCUAAGUAAUAAUUGUUGUCCCCACGUCACAGAGAGAAUACUGUAAGUGACUUCCUCCCACCUCUCGUAGGAAAUGUCCAGGAUUGUUAGCGGGAAGACGGCGCGCAGCUCGCUGGCAACGCCGCCGGAGAGCAGAACUCAAGCGUGCGCGCAACAUUGAAGACAAGAUUGUGAAAGUCCAGGAUGACUUAUUGACCUGUUUAAAUGUUGAUUCAUGUCAAAGAAAAUCAUGAUCUAAAUUAGAAUGAAAAUCUUUGUAUAAGAAAAUGUAUGCUCAUUUGAAUAAAGUGGAGUACCUAGAAA